GUCUCUGCUACGUCAACCCCACGACGACAUUUCUUUGCAAUCUGUGCUGGUCCUGCAGAAAGUGAAGAGUUUCUGUUGACCUCCGCGAAAUACUUUCCGAUUAAAGGACCCGAAGCAAUCGCUAAUCGAUAAGGAUUUUUUCCCACAGAGAGAUUCUGCAACAACUGAACCGAGGAUAUCCAUUCAGGUUUCACCCAAAAGCAACAAAAUGACACAUUUUAAUAAGGGACCAGCCUACGGAUUGUCUGCCGAAGUGAGGAGCAAAGUAAGUUUUCCAUGAGUGGGUUCAUCUUUAUGUUUUACCAGGGGAAAAAAAUCAUUUUUAAGGAGGUUUGCGUAAUUUUGCGUGUGCGUAAAAGUUGAUUCAACACAACUGCAUCCAAAUUUGCUCUUUUAACAAACUGCGCGUUACCGCUAUUUUUUUUUCUUGUUUGUUCGCACCGUUUACAAAGGGACAAAGCUUCAUCAGUACUGCAGCUGAAAGUCAGCAGACUUCAGGGUAAACUUAGUCCAAAAUCCCCUGAUCUGGAAUUUGGAAGCCUCUAUGAAAAGGGUGCUAUACAGGCCGGAGUCAGAAGUGGGACGCGCAGUUUGGAGUAAAAUGAUCCCCGAUUCCUCAAACUCUCCAAAAGUUCACUCCAACAAGAGGAGCGCAGUAGUGAGGGGAAAGGUGAAAGUUUUCUGUGAACGGAUCAGAGAUAAAGAGAUGUUUGUUGUCGAUGCCAAAUGAAGCUAAGUUGGAGUUUUUCCUUCCAAAAAAAAAAAACAUUAUGUAAGCUACUUCUACCAAAUAGUGGACCGGGGCUGUAAAGGGAGUUCCGAUGGUAGUCCGACGCCACUAUUUUCCUCUCAAAAAAGUUCCUCUAGUUCUCCGUCCUGGUGGCUGCAAGUACUGCAGGACUGGUGAGAUCUGCUCAUGGUUUUAUAACUUUGGUGAUUUGUUUGGAGGAAAUAUAGCCCACUUAGUUCUAUUUUCAUAGUGGAAAGUGUUGAAUAGCCCACUACAGUAUUGUUUGUGUGGCGAGGAGCUCAGCAUCAUCAGGGGCAAGAUGACUGGCAGCUGAUAAAUAGACGAAGGCUAUAAUAGUUAUGAUAGGCACUCCUAGCCUUUAAGAAUAAUAGAUUACAGAGAACAGUCAGACUCCUGAAGAAAUAAAAACAAGACUAGAUAAAACACAAUAGUGAUGACUGAAAUAGGGGAGACCGGGGCUUGUUGUCACACUUCUUACACUCUUGUAUAUUUCUUGCAAUCAAUACAUCAUAUACAAACAAAAUGUGUACCGGAUGAAAGACCAAAGUGUUGGGUGUAAAUAACGUGUUCAUGUCAUUUUUAUAUCUUGUGUCAGUGCAGCAGUGUUGUUUUCGUUGACGUCAACGUCAUCGUCGGCGAAAACAACACUGAGGAAUAUAUGUUUAGCGUUUGACUGACGAAAUGCUUAGGAAUUUUGCAACUCUGUUCGUCAUCCACCACUAACAUUUUUGUCUAGUCUCGUCUCGUCACAUUUUAGUAAUCUAAGACUUAUGUUUAGCUCGUCAACGUCACGUCUUCGUCAUGGAAACAAAAGGGGACAAAAACGACAUUGCAGUGCAGAACUAUAAAGGUCCUUACACACCGGGAGCGUUUUUUCGUGCGAUUAUUUUGGACAUCAAUAUUUUUUUUUGAACCCGUAUCCUGUCAAUACAAGUGUUCACAUCAGAGACGUUUUCCCUUCCUGGCAUUUAUUUUUUCGUAAAUUCAGUAAAAUUUUCUAAAGUUUCGCAUACUGUGGGUUCACUUCUGACCAAUCAGAUUUUGUGUUGUUGCGACGUCAGAUUCACUGGUAGAUAUCCAACAUGGCCGACCGGCUGAUUGUUUACGUGUCGGAGAACAGAGUGAUUUUUGAUAAAAGACACAAAUAUGACAAAGAUAACGACCUGAAGGACAACUUGUGGAGAGUCAUAGCGUUGGAUUUCUCAUAUGAUGAUGGUUUGUGUGCUUUAACAGUUUGCUAAACGUCUUUGUUUUAACUUUCAUCUGUACUAAGAAACUUUAGCUCGUAAGCUAACCUGUUCAAAUACAACAUACCAUAUGUAUUUUCACUGUCUCAAACUCAAUCGUGUUGCUGUCACAGCACCAUUAGGUCUCAGUUGAUACCUUAUGUUUAUGGAUUAUAGUUUAAUGUGCUUAUCUGGUACUGUCCCCGACUCAGUGCAUGCGAUCAUGACAGACAGACAUCUCAACACAAGUGUCUUAUCAGAUCUGAAAAACACUCAGUCUGGUGUUGUAUCAGUCUCCUUGCUUCCACACAGAACAUGCCCCCCCCCCCCCCCCGAAAGUCCCAAAAUCACAUCACGCUUGAUGUGUAUAGUCAGGCGCGUCAAAAUUCGCCUCCGAAUAUUUUGUAGUUUUGCGUUGUAUAUUUGUGACCAUCACGGUGCGCAAGGACCUUAAGCAAUCAAAUAGAGAGUGUUAACAAGUGACAUGUCGCCCCACCAUCAGGUAAGUUGUCCUACUACAUGGGGUAAGAUAUCAUAGUGGAUUUUGCAGCUAAUAAAACAAGGACAAAGUUAUUGUUGUUUUCAUUUUUUUUAUUUGAAAGUGAACAUCAAAGUCAGGCACAGAAAAUGUUUAACAUUGAGCUAAAAAAAGUAAUUGAACAAACGUUAACAUAAAAUAUUAUGCAACAUGCUCUAGAGUUUGGAGAGCUGUCUGACUUUGUCUUUCAGCUGGGAUGAAUGUUUUGCAGUACUGAGCCAAGGUAUGGUAGUUGACAUUAAAGUCCUUUAUUGUCCUCCAGAUUGAUUUAUUAGCUAGGAUCACCUGCCUGACUGCCCUCAGCAUCAGGUCAAGCACUGCACUGCUACAUUUAGUUUUUCUUUUGUAAUUCCUGACCAUGUCUUCUCACUCUCUCCUCACCUUUGGACCACUCUUUUCUCUUUAAAAAAUAAAGUCAAAAUUUCAUAAUGAAAACUGCUGAUAAACACUCUCUAUGUUAAUUUUAAUCCCUUUUAAACAUGUGACAACUAACCCCAAAGUGACUGAGACAUGUUGCCCCAAAUUACCAUGUUUGCUAAUUCUAGCCCUAGCUUAAAGUUAGCUUAAAACAGAAGAAUGACUGACCUAUGACUGGACGCCUUAAUCUCUCCUCUAACAAGUCCUCAUAUUUCACUGCUUGGAUUUUUAUCUGAAAGAAGCUUAUUUUAAAAUAUAGAAAGUUAACUAUUUUUUUACUUAAGGUUGUACAAAAUCGUUAAUUGGCGCUCAUUUCAGCUCACAAUGUACUCUUCUCCUCUCUUCUCAGACAGGAUACGACCCCUGACCAUGUAAAGGAAUAAAACUAGAAUUCCACUUUUUAGUUGCGCCCUCUGGUGGCAAAGAUGAUUGCAGUGUGACAACUUACCCAUGUGACAACAAGCCCCGGUCUCCCCUAAUGCUCAUAAAAGAGAAAAAAGAUCCAUUUUAACCUCUACCAGACUUAUCUUGGGUCCUCAGGAAGGGAGCUCCAAACUUUAGAGUGAUCCUUCUGUGGUAAAGCAUAACUAUACUUCCUUUUGGCUUUCAUUUCAAUCAGUCUCUCAAUGACCAAUCACAGUUAAGCUGUAGAUAGGGUGUGUAACCCUGGGAGACCCCCAGGAUUCUUUGACAAGUUACUGGUGAGGCUUUGAGGACCAAACAGCUGGCCAACUUUUGAUGUAAUCACUCUGUUGUCUAUUUUUAGCUACAUCAGUGUCCAUCAGAUGGUUAGACCAGCUUGCAGUUAUAUGUGUGUUUUUUUUCAUUUUUUCAUUUUAUUUUAUUUUAGGAAUUUGAGGGAAAUAUGCAUCAGAGAGAAGGCGCUGCAAGUUCUUAUUCUCAAACCUUUCAUCACAGAGUAAAUCUCUGUACACUGAUGUUAGAGCACGAUAAUCACAAACAUUAAACAAUAAUGAUACUACUAUUAAAAGGAGUAGUGUAGUAAGCCUAUUUAAUGAUGAUAUAGUGGUAGAAAGAUAAAUAAUUAAGUGUUGUUGUAUACUGAAUGGAAAAUGGUGCAAAGACACUGAAAAAUGUUGAUUUAUGGAAAAAAGAUUAAAAUUUGAUGCCAGCAACACAAUUCAGGACUGACUGUUUUCAGUACGUGGAGAGUCGGCGCUGCAGGCAGCCCAGUUCAGCACAUGGACUUUUGCACUGUGGAGCCAUGCUGUUGUGAUGUGUACAAAAUAUUGGCAUCUCCUGAAGAGAUAACUCAUGUGAAUCAUGGUACCAGCUAAAAAAUAAAAAAGUAUAUAUAUAUAUAUAUAUAUGUAUAUGUACACUACAGGCCAAAAGUUUGAAAGCAAGAUCAGAUUUGUACAAAAAAAGAUCAUAGUUUCAUUAAUAUACUUUGCAACACAAUAAACAUGACUUUUGUGUAAAGAGUAACUUAUCAGAAGACAUUUUGACUAUAAUUAUUAGGUAUUUGAGUUAUUGUUGCUUAGACUUUGCUUUCUUUAAAGUAACCUCCUCUGGCUUUAACAACAGCUUGACAUAUACCAGGCAUUCGUUCCACAAGUUUUCUAAGAUAUGUUCCAGGGAUUGCAUUCUAAGCGAUCGAUCCAAUUCAUCCCACACAAGCUCUAUUGAAGAAAGGUCUGGAGACUGAGGGGGCCAAACCAUCUUUUGAAGAACACCUUCCUCUUCUUUUUUGUCUAGGUAACCCUGACAGAGCUUGGCAGAGUGCUUAGGGUUAUUGUCUUACUGCAAAACAAACUUGUGACCCACAAGCCUGAGUCCAGAUGGAACAGCAUGGUGCUGAAGGGUGGAGUGGUACUGUCCCUUCUUCAUGAUACCCUUUACUUCAAACAAAUCUCUUACUCCAUCACCUGCAAAACAUCCCCAUACCAUGGAACUACCUCCUCCUUGCUUGAUUGUGGGUGUUACAUAUGGUGCUUUCAGAUGUUCACCAGUUUGUCUGCGGACAUUGACUCUGCGUUUUGAACCAAACAGUUCAAACUUUCUUUCAUCGGUCCAGAGAACUUGUUUGUUGUUAUCAAAAGUCCAAUUUUUGUGAGCUUUUGCCCACUCAUAUCUCUUUUUCUUGUUCUGUGGAGGAAGUAGUGUUUUUUUGCAGAUACACAACCCUUCAGACCAGCCUUUCUCAAACGUCAUUUCACAGUUGUCAGAGAUAUGGGUUUCGACCUUGUCAUGUUGAUUUCCCCCCUUAUUUUUGGUGCUGUCUUUUGUCGAUCUCUCUUUCUAGUGACAAUGCUAUGUUUGUCCUCUGCUUUUGUAGUAACUCUCUUUCGUCCAGGCCUUUUACUAUCAUCAAAACUUCCAGGUUCCUUUAGUCUCUUCAGAGUGUAGUGGACUCCUUUGUUAAACACCUUUAGGCGUUUUGCAAUUUCUCUUUCUGUGUAUCCUUCUUUCUCUCCUCAAUGUACAAAUCUGUACUUUUGUUUCUAUACUCAGUUGCUUAUUUCUAGCCAUUUUUGCAGUAAUUUGAACACAGUUGAGAUUUAUUAGAAUUUUUGUACGCAGACUCUCAAAAGCCAAAAAGUUAUAGUGAAUAAUCCAACUGUGAUUUGUUUUUUUGCUUUUGCACUUAAGUUGUGACUCUUGCAAAUGUUUUCAACCCUGCAACUAAGCCCUUAUUUUCUUUUGCUGACAUAUAUUUAGCAAUAGUCUGUUAAUAUCAAUGUAUAUAAAGGUAAAUGGAGUAAAAUGGUGCAUUUCCAUGAAAGCAACAUCUGAUCAUGGAGUAAAUAAUCUUUUUUUCAACUCUAAGUUUAUCCCUAAAUUUCUCUUUUUGUAUUUGUAUUUAUGCUGCUGUAAUUUUUAAAUUUCCCCCCAUGGGACUAUUAAAGGAAUAUCAUAUUUUAUCUCAUCUAAAAAUAGAAGGUUCUCUGAAGCCUGCUGUACAUACAGGCUUAAAGAGAGGAUCAAACUUUUCAUUUCCAAUUGUUCUCAGUGUGUUUUUCACAAAACAGUAACAUUUUCAGUUUCGUCAUUUGAUUUGUUCAAUCCAGGAAUUAAAGUAAUAAUUUCUUUUUUGCUUUUAACACACUGGCACAACUUUUCUGGAAUUGGCUUUUAGUAUAAACACAGCAAGAAGCAACUUCCCUUCACUCUAUGUUUAGGAUUUGUCUAUAAGCUGUAAUAAUUGUGGUCUUUUGCAGUUGCAGUCAAGUAGUUAACUGUGGUAAAAAUCUCAUAUGUCAGAAAGUGCACAUAAACAAAAGGAGGAGGACAGGCAGGGGCCCAUCUGGGUUCCAUUGCACAAGUGUGAUCAGUAGUCUAUGCUCUUCUCUGAGCUGCAUACAACACAUUCCUGGGAUUCUUCAGUGAACACCCCUUCAUGAGGACCCCAUCCACUCAGGCUCAGUCCACUGUGUUUCAGUUUGACUCCGCUCAAGUGGCAUCACAGUAAGGGUGUCAUAUGGGUGUCAGAGGACAUACGCUUUGUGUGCCGGUUUGCUCUACGGCAAGUUAUGUGGAAAAAUGUCGAAACUUGAUGAAAACAAAAAGUAGAUAUUAAUGAUUAACAAUUUUUUUUGGUUUAUUUAUAGUUAUAUUUUAACUAAAAGUGGUUUUAAAUGUUUUAAAAGGUGUGUGUGACAUAGGAAAUAUUGUGCUAUUGGCUUAAACAAAAAGGAAGCUCUGAAUCAGUUUGUUCAAAAAUUUCUGCACCUCAAAUCAUUCAGCCUUCUGGAUUACAUCCUUCAUAACCCAGAGACCUUGUAUUUAUUAUGACUGUGAACACUAUCACUUUUUAGCCUGUGUGUUCGUACGCACUCGUGCACGCUUGUGACCUCCACAGUCUCUCUCUCUUUGUGCUGGUUGUGUCCCUCAGACACACACACCUGUCUCCUCCUGUUCCUUUCCCCUCUCUUUCCACGUGUGGCUGCCUGAUUGUUUGCACCACUGUUGCACAACGUGUCGGGUCCACCAUUAUUAACCUUGGCAGGAGCUGGAGCUGCCUCUUACUCCCAAACUUUGUUUCAAAUCAAGUCAAACUUUAUUUAAAGGGAUAUUCUGGCGUAAAUUAAGUUAGGUUGUGUUUAGUCUCUUUGCUAAAGAAAUCAGGCAAUGCUAAAAAGAUGUUUGGUGGCUAGUACUAUGGCUGGGACCCUGUAUGUACUGUUGAUGAAGUUAGGUGCUGUACUGAGCAUUAUUUGUGGCUAUCGAGUGGCUUUUUGGUUGAGCGUGUGGCUCUGUGUAUUGCUAUCUGCGGUCGUUUCUAAAGUUGGUAUAACAAGAGAAGCAAGCGGUUGGUCAAAUUCAUCUCUCGAACUCUGUGUUAUGGUGUGUUUGACUCUAACUUAAUUUUACACCGGAAUAUCCCUUUUAAAUAGCAAUUUCAAACACAAAACAACACAAUGUGCUUCAAAGUUACAACAAAUAGUACAAAUGGAUGAAAAAUCUACAUACAAAAUAUGAAGCAUACGUACAUAUUGCAUGCAUAUAUGAACACAAAUGGGAAAACAUGCAUAAUAUAACACAUACAACACAGAUGUGCCCACACAUGUGCUUUGAGGUUUGUUGGUGGGAUGGUCAGGAAACACUGCCUAUGGACUUGAGAGUCCUGGCUGGUGUAGCUGGUUAGCAUGUCUCUUAUGAACUUAGGGGCAGAGCCACCCAGAACUCUGUGCUGGCUUUGAUUGGGAGCCAGUGGAGGUAUUUAAGAACUGGUGUGAUGUCCUCAAACCUUUAAGUUCUUGUGAGAACUCUUGCAGCUGUAUUUUAAAUCAAUUGUAGCUGUCAGCAGAAGUCUUAUCUGAUAAAUAUACAGGCAUGUUUGAAUGUCUCUGUGUCUGAUUGUGGAAGAAAGCCCUUGAGUUUGAGUUUUUUUUUUUUUUUAGAUGAUAAAACGAUGGAUGUGUGAUUUAAUUGAUAGGACUUUUAAAGCCAGGACCUGGGGAACAUCAAUAGUAGUGCGAGUCAUUAGAGAGAGCUGACCUCGGGGGAUUAUUGGGGCUUACUUUGGGCAAAACACCAGAAUGGAAAGCACCAUUAACACCAUUUCACACUGAUCUGAGCUACUUAUGAUGAAGUGAAAGUGAGAGCCAUUUGAGAGGAGGGGUUGUGCCCAUGCUCUGCUCUAAUGGAGAUGAGUGAUGGUGUUAGCUUUAGUUAUUGCUAAAUAAUGUAGUAAAUUUGUUGUAUAAAGCCAAUGCUGCUAAUCUUUACAUCCUGUUAUAGAACAGCAUUAAUUGAUUCACACAAGUGGUAAUUUAUUGCACCUCAUGCACAGAGACUAUAAGCCUCGAUUCCACAUCUGGCACAUGAUCACAUCUCACUCCCCACUAUGGCUUUCUAGUUUUUUACUAUAUCCACUCUGUCUUAUCUUCAGAUUAAAGCCAUAAAAGCCCAACAGUACUAACCAAAUGUUCAUUUCUUAAUGGAAGUUUAAUUUAAAUUCAAUAUUUGCACUGAUUCAAUCUCAAUUUCUGUACGGACUUUAUUUAAAUACCAGAAGUUGAGCUUUUCAUGUCAUUUUAUUCACUUGAUAACUGUCCAGCACACAUUCAGAUUAAAGCUGUUGUGAAUCCCACAGCAGAGCACAGACAGAGUGGUGUUGGGUCACACUGGGGAUACACUGUUCAAACAACUUAUUUUAACUUUCGAAUAUCAAUUAGCUUUUUACUGUUUAAAUUGUAUCGGAACCCCAAAUUUUAUUCCAACAGCCUGAGGGCUCACAUACCCUGGUCCCUCCGACCCAUACAUGAAAGCACAAAGGCAGUGCUGUGACCUGAGUGCUGUCAGGAAGUCCGUUUUUCUUAAAAUAAGCAUAUCUGUUUAUUAUAAACAAAAUAAGAAAAAACUUAGCUGAACUCUAACUUCUGUCCCAGAAAGACAGAAAAGGGAUAGUGAAUUCACAGACGACUAAUAGGGUUUACUUUUUACUUUGAGGGUACGCUCACACGAGGCCUGCAAGUAUCUUUAAUACUGAUGUCCUAACAAGACACACACACACAAAUGGCUCUCUAUUAUUAUGUAAUGUCUUUCAUUUAAAAGAAGCACAGUCACAGAGCAGGCAGAGUGGACAACAACAAAGAGAACAAUCAUUUUAUACUACAAGUUUUUGUUUUAUGUGUGUGUGUUAUAAUGCAUAUGUCGUGUCGUUUCAGAACAUCCAGAGUGAGAUGGAGAGAAAGGCAUUUGUUUACUAUUUCAAUGUUUAUGUCCAUAUAAUUAAUUGGAUUCAGUUGUCAUGCUUGACAAUUAAAACAGUUAGUAAGAUCAAAGAAAAGCAGUAAAUGGGUGCGGUUACAGAGGAAAAAUAAAUUAGUUUAAUCAAAAUUCAAACAACUAACCAAUUACAACUGACAACAAAUAAGAUUCAAUAGUCAAUUCUUGGGCAGUAAUCUAAGGAGCACCCUGCUAGAGUACCUCAGGCUGUGGUAAGGCUCAUCGGGAGUUAGCAGCUCUCAGAAAUAAGGUGGAGCCUGGUCAUUUAAGGCUUUACAAACAAAUGGUAAAAUCCUGAAAUCUUGUCUAAAAUUCCCUUAGAGCCAGUACAGGGCAGCAAGGACUGGUGGUCUGUGGUCGCCUCUCUUACCAAGUGUUAGAAACCUGGCUGCAGCAUUUUGAAUUAUUUGUACUUUUCAAAGUUUGUGCUCACUGAUGUCAGAAUAAAGUGCAUUAGAGUAGUCCAGUCUGGAAGAAAUAAUACAUGAAUGACUUUUUCUAAGUCAGGAGGAGAGAGAAAAAGACCUGAUUUUGGUUUAGUGUCUCAGCUGAGCAAAGCAGGACUGCUUUGGGUGUCACCUCUCUGGUCACCUGGGUGUCAAAGGAAAGGUUUGAGUCCUCCUAUGUUUUGAACGUUGUAAGACAAGGCACAGAUUAUUAAUGUAGCUGGAACUGGGGUCGGGGUAGUAAUAGCAAUAACUUUAGAUUUGGAGUCAUUCAGCUGCAGGAGUUGUUCAGACAUCAAAUUCAUGAUUUCAGACAGACACCUGAGACGCUUUAAUGGUACCAGGUUUUAGUGGUAUAUCCCUGGAGUUUGGGUUUUCUUCUGGGUCGCUGUCUUAGAUCCGCUGUUUACCUUUUACCUCAAACAUCUACCUGCCUGCUCUGACUCCUGCAAUGUGAUUGGCUGCUCUAGGUCGUCUUCUUCCGCUCUUUAGGAAUAGGGUGGCAACAAGCACUUGAGGUGUAUUAGCGCCCUUAAGUUUUCCAGUGGAUAGGGGGUGUAAUAGAGUAUAAUUUCAUUUCUAUUGAUUAUUGAACUUUUGUUUUGUUCACAUCAAGACAAAGAUAUAUCCCUGUAAUUAUUGCUAUUGUUUUAUUUCCCAGUACUGCCUUAGCACAUUGUAGUAGAAACUCAUAGUAAGCCUGAGUAGAUUGUUGAGACAUGACAUCAUUGGUACCUGAGGGAUGUCAAGUAGAGCUAGUAUUAAUUCAAUAAAACCAGCUGUCUUCCCCCUGGAGAGGCAGUCAGUGAAAGCACCAGGAGGCUUGGCGUAGUGGAUAAUGGAGUCCCCAUACCACUAAAAUGAUCAGUCUUGGGACCUUUGGAAAUGGAAAGUUUGGAGCUUUAAUUGUCAAUUUCCCUCCUGGCAGUACAGGGAGCCAUCUUUCACCAUCUUCCAUCUCUUACUUUUUGAGCAAGGGAGUAUUUUUCUGCUUUUUUUGUUGUUGUUGUUGUUGUUGACAUUGUAGUUCCUAGCUUAAUGUUAUGAGGUCACUGCAUUGAUGUAGAAGUCCACAUAGUUUUACUCUUUUCAAAAAUGCAGAUGACCCAAUUUUAAAGAAACCUGCUUUGGUCAUCAUCAAAAAAACUGAAAUACAAGCUCCAGUAUUUUUCUAAUCAGGCACAUUGCAUAUCCACUUUGAGUAACAAGGACAAACACUCCAGAAGAGUAAUCUGUUGUCUGAGUGAAUUGUUUGUUACUUAUCGUCUAUCAUUCUUUUGUUAUUCCUUUAUCGUUCUCACACACACACAGCAGUCACAAAGCCCCGGUGGAUUGUAGGUGAUGAACGCAGCAUUUGAUAGACUCAACCAAAAGUGUUGUGAUGUGGCUGAGUGAGGUGACAAACAUGUGGAACCACAAGGGGAAAACUGGGAUUGGGGGUCAAAUCAGAGGAAGAUUUCAGCAAAACUGCAGGAUCAUUUAGAAACCAAAAAUUAGUUUAAUGUGUGUGGAUCAAAUGUCAACACAAUUAUAAAACCAAGAACACCCCUUUUAACAGUUUGAGGCUUUUUCUUUUUUUUUUUUUAAUGCAAAAAUUAAAAUCAGUCUUUCAAUCAAUGAGGAAGUACUGAAAGCCUUUUUCUAGUUAGAUUUCUACCACGUUCGUUCAGUUUCAAAAUGUGAAGUUAUAUGCACACCACAGAGCACAAAAACCUAAAUGUUUGUGUUUUUCUAUUUUGAAAAUGUGUGCAAGACAGAUAUGAUUCCUCCUGAUAUAUUUCCUCACUGCUUUUAUGUUUGAAUAUCUAUUUAAUCCUCUCUAUAAUUGAAUGCAAACUUAACACGACAUUUUAUCCUUCAGAUUGCUCAGAAAUACGAUACACAAAAGGAAGAAGAGCUCCGCUUUUGGAUCGAGGAGGUCACUGGAAUGUCUAUUGGAGAGAACUUUCAAAAAGGCCUGAAGGAUGGUGUCAUCCUCUGCGAGUAAGUCACUUUGUUUGUGUUUGUGUGGGAGUUUGUGCUGGUGUGUUUUUUCUGGCAGGGUGUAUGUUACAGCUGUGUGUGAAUAGAUGUGUUCAGACUCUGGUCUUUUAGUUUAAAGCCGUGACAGAAUGUCUGAAAGGUCAGAUGCUUUUUAAUGCUUUUGUACGCAAUCCUGCCUUCAUUCUCGCAUAGUGUACCCCUUCAACUAGCUCUAGAUGUCUUUAAACACUAUGCUUGCACUCAGUUUUAUAGUAAAUCACAUUUCCUUUGCCUCUUUAAAAAUUGCUGAAAAGAAAAGAAACUAUGGAGAACAGAUUUCUGAAGAUGCCAUUGAUCAGUGGUCAGCUACAAUCUGUUGAAAAUAUAAUCAGUAGAGCCAGUUGUAGAUAUAGUGGCAAAGGUCUUCAUAAUGUGAGAAUUGGUUUAUGUUGGUUGAGAGAAGAGCUUGGUAUUGUCUACAUAAAAUACUCAAACGCCCCCAGUGGUUGUGAAUCAAAGUAAAAUAUUAUUUUUUCAAUCCUCAAGUUUUUAUGUAAUCAAAUAAAAUAUUCUGUUAAGUAAAAACAGCAUUUCUCCAUUACUCACAGGUUUUGAAUACAAAUUGAAUACAAUACGUCAGUGCUACUGUACAUACAAACAUGCCUGUCAAAAUAGUUGGUGAGACAUAAGUUUAGAAACAGAAGUAGACGAGGUGAUCCUGCAUAAUUACAUGGACUGUUGUAUCCCUGCACUGACAGAAAUAUUGGAAAAACCUGGAGAAGUAAUCCAUUUCUUUGUUGAAGGGCACCUGGACCUGUUUGAGGUUCUUCAGAACAUUUGGCCUCUCUUCCAAAAGGCUUCUUCACUUUGUAUCUGACAUCAAACACACAACACAAACUGUACAGCAGAUCUGUUAUCUACUUAGCAAAAACAUGGUACAUGUUUGAUAACCUAUACUAAGAUUCUCAGUUGAAGUUUGUGAAUACUAAUUGACAUGGUCCACAUGACGGUGAAAUGGUUGCUUUAGAAAAUACCUUUAAUUUGUUGGGAAUUUUUACAGUGUGAAAGAGAGUUGUGCUUAAGCCACCACUAGGACUUCAAGUCCAAAAAAGCACUUUUGUUAGUCAAGCUCAGGACUAGAAGGAAGGAAGGGAGGAAGCAAGCUCCCAAACACCUACUGAGUGUUGUUAAAAUAAGAGGAAAAGUGGUGUAAACAUACCCCUGACCCAGCUUUUUUGGGGGGUUGUGUUCAGGCAUUAAAUUUAGAAUGAGUGAAAAAAAACAAUAAAGUUUAUCAGUUUGAACUUUAAAUAUCUUGUUUUUGAACGCAAGUCAAAAAGGGUUUGCAAAUCAUUGUAUCCUGUUUUUAUAUUCAUGUUUUACACAACAUCCAAACUUCAUUGGAAGUGGAGCCUGUAAGAUAAGAUAUGAUAGGUCUGAUGGAUAAUAGAGGCCACUGUGAUCAGUGAGAUCCCUGAAUUUUACUCUACACCUGUAAAGCUCACAUCAUUUACACACAAUGAAUCCACAUUGUAGCUACUAUAUAGCUAUUCUCCAGUAAACUAAAACAAAGGAACAGUCUUUAAAGUCAAAAAUGGUCCCUUUAUUCUCAAAACCAUACAGAUGAGAGGUUACAUAACAAAGCUGUUGUGAACAGUGGUGGCUGUCAAAGAGAAACCAGUAAAGGACAUUAGAAACUAUGUCCUGCAGUCAGGUGGAUAUUUUUGCAACAAUUAUUGGUGGAAAUUCAAUUAUUGAUUGGUUUGGAUAGCUGUUGUACAAAUUAUUAUUAUCAAAACUGCAUUUUGUAUUUACUCAGGUUAUCUUUGUCUUAUAAUUAGAUUAAUCUAGUGAACUGAAACCAUUAAGUUUGACCCAAAAAGCAAAAAUAGAAGAAAUCUGAAAGGGGGCAAAUACUUUUUCACAACACUGUAUAUGUGUUAAACAGUACAGCUGAGUGUUUGUAUCACACACUGAAACACUGGGCAUGUCAUAGAGUUUUUUAUUUUUUUUAUACAAACUGUCAUACAGUUGAAAGGAUGUUGGGUUUAAGUGGUUUUAUUUGAUUUAAAGUUAAACAUCCCUUUAACAGUUUUAGAUACAAACUUGUAUCCUUCCCAGUUGUUUAUUUCUCAUCUAUGAUACGUUUCUCUUUCUCUCCUAGACUUAUAAAUAAGCUGCAGCCUGGUUCAGUGAAGAAAAUCAAUCUUUCACAGCUGAACUGGCACAAGGUAAGAGGAUCGGAACUUGUAAAAUCUUUGGCCUGUAACAUAACAAAUUAAUUCAGUGUUCUUGCCCAGAAAUGAACAUUUAAAAAGCUUCUUCAGCACAUAAACAUCAGAUGCCCUCAGGAAGCAGUGGCUACUGUGUUUGAAAGGCUUUAUCUAAAUAACUGCUGCCUCAUGUUUUGUUUCCUUGGACUUCCCCUCAUAGCCCCCGUCACUUCUUUUUUUUAUGUUGCUCUUUUCAGCUGGAAAACCUUGGGAAUUUCAUCAAAGCUAUCCUGACCUAUGGCCUAAAGCCCAAUGACAUCUUUGAGGCCAAUGACUUGUUUGAAAAUGGGAAUAUGACUCAAGUCCAGACCACACUGCUUGCACUGGCCAGCAUGGUGAGUGGAAAAAACAGUGUCAUUGCGUACAGAGGAACACAUUUUCUGUUGUUGCAAUGAAAAAGGCCUCUGACAAGCAUUUCCUCUGUUAGGCAAAGACCAAAGGUAUGGACACAAAGAUCGAUAUUGGGGUGAAAUAUGCAGACAAACAAGCUCGACACUUUGACAACGAGAAGAUCAAGGCUGGACAGUGUGUCAUUGGACUGCAGGUGACUAUGGUUGUUGAUUUAGACCAAUGAAUGGGCCAGUAACUUAAGACUGAUAAGGCUAAUUUAAGAAUAAAUCUCUGUGAAUGCUGGAUUAGGCACUUUUUUGGAGGGUGAGGAGAAUUUGUGCCCCGAAAAGUUUAGUUUUAAGGUCCUUACACAUCGUGGCCGACGCAAAUAUAGAGCGCGAAAUUACGAAAUAUUUGGAGAAGAAUUUUGACGCCUUUGAUUAUACACAUCAGCCCGAUGCGAUUUUGCGACUUUCCAGGGGGAAAAAGACGCGUCCUAGGUGCAAGCGAGUAGACUGACACAACAGCAGACUGACUGUUUUUCAGUUCUGAUUAGACACUAGUGUUGAGAUGUCUGUCUGUCAUGAAAGCAUGUACUGAGUCAGGGCCAGUACCAGAUAAGCACAUAAAGCUGUAAUCCAUACCCAUAAGGUAACAACUGAGACCUAACAGUGCUGUGACAGCAACGUGAUUGAGCUUGAGACAGUGAAAAUACAUAUGGUAUGUUGUAUCUGAACAGGUUAGCUUACGAGCUAAAGUCUUUUAUCAAAAAGCACUCGUAAACAAUCAGCCUGUCGGCCAUGUUGGAUAUACCGGUGAAUCUGAUGUUGCAACAACACGCAAUCUGAUUGGUCAGAAGUGGACACACAGUAUGCGAAACUUUAGACAAAUGGACCAUGAUCCGAAAAAAUAAAUGCCGCAAUAUUGCAGGACGGGAAAACGUCACUGGUGUGAACGCUUGUAUUGACAGAAUACAGGUUUAAAAAAAAAUAUUGACGUCCGAGAUAAUCGCAUAGCAAAAACGAUCCCGGUGUGAAAGGACGUUUAGUUUAAUCAAACUUUAAAACAAACUUUUAUGCGCCAGUUGCUCAGAAGUUGACCUCUCACUCUUGUCUUCAGAUGGGGACAAACAAGUGUGCGAGUCAGGCUGGGAUGACAGCUUAUGGAACCCGAAGGCACUUGUAUGAUCCAAAGACUCAGACUGACAAACCAUACGACCAGACCACAAUCAGCUUGCAGAUGGGAACCAACAAAGGAGCCAGCCAGGUUAAAACCCCACUCUUCUUCUAAUGCUGCAUGUAUUUUUUUUCAGUAUUUCACUAAAAUUAGGUAAAGCCACAAUUACUUAACUAAGCCAGGAAGUAUAUGUUCAGAUAGAUUUUAAAAGGCAGGCCUUGCUUCGUCUACUUCUUGACCCAGGAAACCAGAUUUCUGACCACCUGUCACUGAAAUUAGAGGAAUCAGUUCAUUUUUGAAGGCAGCCAUACUGCAAGAAAUUUUGCCCUGCAGUCUGACUCAAGGGGUGUAUCCACACCUCCUAUGAAGCACUCUCUUUUUUCUGUAAAAAGCGAAGGCCAUGUCAAUAAAUUUGGGAGCGCUCCUGACUAAUAAUAGUUCUGUCAUGUUUCCCAAGAGACUCAUCCUUUGAUCUAACAGAACUGCUGUGUCCACAGUUUGAGUCAUUGCUUCACAUUGAGCAUACCAAAAAGCUGCUCCCUCAAAGAGUCAAAGGUGGACUAAGAGAUAAGAAUGGGAAAAUAGAGACAAACCACGAGGAGUUUAACACAUUUUCAAAGGGUGUUAUGAGGGACUUGACUACUCAGAUGGAGAUCAACAAAACUACAGCCUUUAUUUUAACAACUUAAUUAAUGUAUUUGAAGGAAACAAUAAAAUUAAUUUGAAAAAAAGAGAUAAAAAAUUGCCAAACAGAAUAUUUGACUCAUAAAAAUCUGGGAUGUGUGAUUUAAGUUUUUCAUUGAUUUAUUUAUGUAUUCGUUUAUCUGUUUAUGUAUUGCCUUUCAUUAAAGACUUGCAUUUCUAUUUGUGUCCAUAGGAGGGCAGAGUUGCAUUCAAUAACAGACAGAAACGGUGGUGCUGCCCUAUGAUAGAUAGCAUGAAACAAGUUACUCAUAGGCCCCCCAUCUUAUACUCUAACAUACCCCCUUCCAAAUUUUUUCAAGUUUCUAUUUCAUAUUAAAUCAUGUACACUUUCACUCUGUUUUUUUAAAGGAGUGAUUUAGAUACAUACAUUAUCCUCUGCAAAAUGUUGAUUUUAAUGCAGCUGACUCUCCCAAAUGGGCAAGAUGUAGUUCCCUCAACCUUUUCAAGUCACUGGGCUGAUAACUUUACCAAUAAAUUAAUGCCAUAAAAAAAUUCAUGCAUGAGUUAUAAAGACCACUUGAAUCCCUUUUAUUUACUAUUUUGGUGCUCAUGGCUCCACAGCUAGAGCAAGUUUAUAAUGUAAUAGUUUGCAACACUGUACAGUUUGUAAUAAUGAUAAUACAUUUUAUUCAUAGACGCCUUCCAAAACACCCAAGAAAACUUUGCAACACAGUUUUUGAUAGUGUUAACUUGUAGAUUAAAAUAUUUGUUUUGCACCCAAUAAAUGAAAAACAUGUGAAAGCUAAUUUUGUCCAGAACACCAAAUUUGGGCUUUUACCAUCAGAGUUUUUUUUUGUUUGUUUGUUUGUUUGUUUGUCGUCUCCCUGGUGGAGUCAUCCACUGGGCCAUCUCCUAAAAGACAGCAAGGCAUACAUUCUAUAUGGGAAAUUUUAUGAAGACUAAAUCUGUUUAUCAGACAUUCACUACAUGACAUAUGUAUAAAAACUAUCUUAUUGUAAUUCUGGUUUCUUUCAGGCGGGUAUGUCAGCCCCCGGAACCCGCAGGGACAUCUUUGACCAGAAGGUGGCACUGCAGCCUCUGGACAACUCCACCAUCUCCCUCCAAAUGGGAACCAACAAGGUGGCGUCCCAGAGGGGCAUGAGUGUGUAUGGUCUGGGUCGUCAAGUCUAUGACCCCAAGUACUGUGCCCCCCCAACAGAGCCUGUCAUCCAUACAAAUGGCAGCCAGGGCACUGGCACCAACGGGUCAGAGAUCAGCGAUAGUGACUAUCAGGCUGAAUUCCAUGAGGAUGAAUACCACGGGAGUUACCAUGACGACUAUAGCACCCAUUACAACGAUCAGGGUAUUGACUAUUAGUCAAGACCUCCCCCUUUCAAAGCAGUAUUAAGAAGUGUAUUUUGUCAACUACACAAAUUAGCGAGUCUUUUGCUGUUAUGACUAGUCAUUCUUGUCUUGAAGCAUCAAAUGUUGCCUUUAAUGCUUUCCUUUUCACUUUGACAUUUUUGAUAUGGAAAAUAAAGGUUGUAAGAAGUUGUAGCAGCAUAAUGAGAUACAGACUCAGACUUUUAAGUGUAAGAGUAAUAUUUUUAGUACCUACUCUUUAAAAAAAACGUCUUAAUUUUUGAACAUGUAAUAUGUGAUAACUUUGUGCCUGAAUGAUAAAGCACCAAGUGAAAUGACUGCGAUGUGUUUCCCUGGAGCGAAACUUUGCUGAUGUGCUUUAUGCAAAAAAAAAAAAAGGAAUUUCAAUGUGUAGUUCUGUUUUUGUCCGCCCUGUAUACAUGAACCCCACCACAGCUUGUGAUGCUGGUAUGUCUUUUUGUCUCAUUUAAUCACUAGAUUUUUUUCUAAUAAUAAUAAUUAAUGUAAAUGAUAGCUUUACAGAUGACCAUUCCUGAACAGACUGUUUUACAGCCGAUCUUCCUCAUUCCAUCAUGUGACGUCAAUUCCCGUGUUUUUCUUUUUGUAUCCACAAAUUGUAUAUAUUGCAAUCACAUACAUUGUUGAACAGUUUACUGUUACAUGGUUUGUAAAGAAAAUUGUAUGCUAUAAAUAAAACCCUAUAUUCUUUGAAUAUCAGGAAACUUGUGUGUUGACUUCUGCUGUGGCUGUGGCUUUAGUGGUGGAGCUGGUCUUCUCACAUGUUGAGCUCAAAAGAACAAGAGCUACGUCAUUAGGAGAAGUUUGGGCUUCAGUGUCAUGCUCAAAGAAACCUCAGCAUGUGACUGCAGAAGCUAGCAUCAGACUGCACUCCCACUCCUGAGCCACAGCCGCCCCAACAACGGUGGAAAAGUUGUGCUAAUUUCCUGCUACAUUAUAAGGGGUGAUCUUGGGAGAUCUUGAUUCUUAACUGUAGGAAAUACGUUCAAAACUAGUUGAAAGUUUAAGUUUUUUACCUAUUUGUAGACUCAAACCUAUGACACUCUGGUCAUGCUGUUUGUGGAUUUCAGUUUCACUUUCAAUUAGAAAAAUAAAUAAAUAAAUAAAACGUUACUUAAACAGCAAA